AUGUUUAGCCCACAGAAGCCCGCCGAACCCGAACAGCCACAGCGCGCGCCGCCGCCGCCGCCGCCGCCGAUAGAAGCGCACCUGAACCGCGUGCAAAAGCCGCGCCAGAAGGGCAGGGCAGCUUCGCGCAAGGGUGCUACUAGGGCGCCGCGACUCCCCGCGCGCAUAUUGGGUAGCCCUGAGCUGGGUGAAGAGGAGCCCUCCAAAGUGUCCCGUCGGCAUUCUGAAUUCCCCCGAGCAUCCGCCCGACUCAACGAUCUCUCAUCCGAUGACGAGCACAACCAAACCAUCGCCGAGGGAAUCUCCGUCUCCGUCACCCGCGAUGAUGGCGCAGACUCCAUAGCCUUUGCAUCCCAGCCGGCGCAUUUGCGAUCGCUCCUUAAUUCGACCCAAGAGAAUGAAACCAUCGUCAGCGAAGACCCUGAUGAAGAGAUGGCCGAUGCCAUUGACCAGCCAGUCGAUGAAGAAGACAACGAGGACGAAGACGUCGUCAUUGGUAUGGAGGAGUCGGAACUAGAUGACGAAUCCGAUGAACGAGCCGAGAAAGAGUCUGAUAUUAAAAUCGAGUCGAAAGUUAAGAUUGCUGAGACCCAGGAUGACAUUUCUGCGAUUGUGUCCGAGGCCACCCCCCUUCCUACAACCGAGUCCGCCUCUGAAAUCACACCCGCACCUGUUUCUGAGGCUGGCGCAACUGAACUAUCAGACCUCGCCGAAGUGAAUACUGCCGAGGUAGAAGACGAGGCCAAGGAGGAGGAAGAAGAGGAGGAAGAAGGAGACCUCACAAUCAACAGAGGGGACGGACAGCAUUCCUUCACUGAUAUCCUCGAUCAUCGUUGGGUGGGCGAUGAGGUUGAACUCAAGGUUGGCUGGUACCGUGGUUCCCCGACAUGGGAGCCAGAGACUAUCCUUCAUUCCGAUGCUUCCGAGUCGCUUUUCUCGUAUUGGCGUAGCCAAGGCGGCCGUCCGACGAAUCCUCGCGACGCAGACAUCUUCGACAUUUUUGCCAUCCGAAAUCAUAGCCGCGACAAGAAGAAGCUUUUGGUCGAAUGGACGGGCUACGAACCCAAGGAGAACUCCUGGGUUCCGAGCAAUGUGGUCGAGGACACUGCGCCCGAGGUUGUUGCUCAGUACUGGAAGAGCAUCAAAAAGGCGCCCGAGCCAAAGACUGCCAAGGGUAGGGCUACAAAGGCCAAGGCCACCAAGGCCAAGACCACCAAAGCAAAGACUUCCAAAGCAAAGGCCCCGACAACGAAGACGCCCAAGUCAAGAGUCUCCAAGACCAAGGCACCAGCUAAGCGCAAAAGGUAA